AUGGCGCUGCUUUGGGCUCUCACUGUCCUGAGCCUCCUUCCCCUGCUGCAUGCCCAGAGCCCCGAGUGCGCCAACCUAACAACUGUGGCGCCCAUUACCAAUGCCACCAUGGACUGGCUCACUGGCAAGUGGUUUUAUAUCGGCUCCGCUUUCCGAAACCCCGAGUACAAUGAGUCGGCUAGAAUGAUCCAGGCGGCUUUCUUCUACUUUGAGCCCAGGCAUGCGGAGGACAAGCUGAUCGUCAGAGAUUACCAGACCAUUGCGGACAAGUGCAUCUACAACCGCAGCACCAUAAACAUCUAUCGUCAGAAUGGGACCAUGUCUAAAAUUGGGUCGGACAGAGAACACUUUGCUGAUCUGCUGCUCAACAAGCACCUCAGGACCUUCAUGCUUGCUGCCUCCUGGAAUGGCAUAAAGAACGUGGGGGUGUCUUUCUAUGCUGACAAGCCGGAGGUGACCCAGGAGCAGAAGAAAGAGUUCUUAGAUGUCAUCAAGUGCAUAGGCAUCCAGGAAUCAGAAAUCACAUACAGCGACGAGAAGAAGGAUGUGUGUGGGCCGCUGGAGAAGCAGCAUGAGGAGGAAAGGAAGAAGGAGACGGAAGCGUCCUAG